AUGAGGUUUUCACAAAGCACGGCUUUGGCUGCCGCUGCCACUGCUCUCUACAUCGGCGCUGCCUCCGCCGUCACAGCACCAUUCUGUCCUACCGACGGCGUCUGCUUCGAAUGGGGAGUCCCUGAGGCCUCGGCCAAGGCGGGAUCCGGCGACAUCUUCUUCCAGCUCAAGGCUCCCACAUCUUGGCAAUGGAUCGGACUCGGUAUUGGUACUCAGAUGGAUCACUCACAGAUGUUCAUCAUGUACCAGGAUGGUAAUGGAAAUGUUACGCUCAGCACGAGGCCGGGUGCCAACCACGUCAUGCCCACUUACAAGGCCAGAAACGACGUCACGCUCUUGGCCGGUUCUGGUGUGAUUGACGGCAACAUGGUUGCCAAUGUGAAGUGCGGCAACUGCACCAAUCUUGACCUGACCGGCCAGUCGAACUGGAUUUCUGCAUGGAAGUCGGGAGAUUCCUUGGAUUCGACGAACCCGGCGGCCAUUCUCACACAACACGAUAGCAUGACCCAGUUCCACGUCAACUUGGGCCAAGCUAGCAUCAGUUCCGACUCAAACCCCUUUGUCGGGUCCAGCAGCAACAGCAACAGCGGUGGAAGCUCCGGCGGCUCCUCCGGCGGCUCUGGUGUAACCACCAGCUCGACUAACCAGACUCUGGCCAGUGCCCACGGCAUCCUCAUGUCGGUCAUCUUCGUUAUCAUGUAUCCGCUCGGCGCUGCCUUGAUGCCUCUGAUCGGGAAGUGGUAUAUCCACGCAUCUUGGCAGACUAUUGCUGUCCUGGGAAUGUGGGCUGGACUCGGACUUGGUGUCACCAUUGCCAGAAACCAGAACGUGUUCUUUGACCAAGCUCACUCUCGCUUGGGAAUAAUCCUCGUUCCCCUCAUCAGCCUGCAGCCCCUCUUUGGCUUGAUUCACCACAUCAACUAUCUCAAGACGCAGAAGCGUGGCUUCUUUGGCCACCUUCACUGCUGGUAUGGACGUGCGCUCAUGAUUAUUGGCAUUGUCAACGGCGGUCUCGGUUUACAGCUCGGCAACGCCCCUACGCGUUACAUCAUUGCCUACUCGGUCGUGGCUGGCGUUACUACGCUGAUUUACUUGGCUUCGAUUGCUCUUGGCUGGAGCCGAGCGACCAGGAAAGAGCACCAGUCGAAGCAGGAGUAUGCAUCGGUGGCUCAAGCCUCGUAA